AUGGCAGACAAGAAGUCGACCACUAUCGACGACCCAAUCAUUCAGGCGUCCGAUUCCGAUUACGACUAUGGUUCAACACAGAAGCGCGCCUACUUCACCGGCGACACGUUUGUGUCUGGAGGAGCUACGGAGCUGUACAAGCCUAUUCCAGAAUAUGAAGGCAUUCAUCGAUAUGAUCCAACUGCCGAAUGGACGGAAAAGGAGGAAAAGAAGCUAGUCAGACGGUUAGACAAGAGAAUCUGCUCUUGGGUUUGCCUCAUGUUCUUUGCACUACAACUCGACCGUGGCAAUAUCUCACAGGCUCUGAGUGAUGGCAUGCUUGACGAUCUUGGCCUUAACACUAACGACUACAACUACGGCAUGAUGAUCUUUUACCUCUGCUUCUUAUCUGCAGAAGUGCCAUCACAAAUGAUCUCCAAGAAGCUCGGCCCUGAUGUUUGGAUACCGAUCCAGAUGGUGACAUGGAGUAUCAUCGGCAUCUGCCAAGGGUUUGUCCAAGACAAGCAAAGCUUUUAUGCAACUCGCGCUCUGCUGGGACUUAUCGAGGGAGGGUUCAUUCCAGAUGCUCUGCUGUACCUCUCGUACUUCUAUACCAACAAAGAGCUUCCGAUGCGCGUCGGCUUCUUUUACUGCGCUUCCAACGGUACUUUUAUUGUUGCUGCGUUCCUGGCCUAUGGAAUCCUUCAUAUGCGCUCGGUCGGGGGCUGGGAAGGUUGGCGCUGGCUGUUUGUUCUUGAGGGAACACUGACGUUCUUCAUCGGCGUGGUGUCUUGGUUCUACCUACCUCCUGGCCCGACACAAACAGCUAGUUGGUUCCGUGGUAAAGACGGUUGGUUCACGGAAAGAGAAGAGGUCAUCAUGGUCAACCGUGUCUUGCGUGACGACCCAGGCAAGGUAAGUGAACUCAGUACCUUUACCCAGUCCAGCAACACUGACAUGGAGGUACAGGGAGGCAUGCAUAACCGUCAAGGUCUUACGCUCAAGCUCCUCUGGAAUGCACUCAUGGACUAUGACCUCUGGCCACUAUACAUGAUCAGUUGGACCAUGCUGAUUCCCACCAACCCCGUCACUGCCUAUCUUACCCUCAACCUCAAGGCCUUGGGUUUCGGCACAUUCGAGACGAAUCUUUUGACCAUUCCUGGAUAUGUUCUUUUCCUGGUGCAUUUGAUCCUUAUCUCUUGGUACUCGGAGAAGAUCAACAACCGAAUGGCCAUUUUGCUGUACUAUUCCUUUUGGUGUUUUGUGUUGCUCUUGACUCUCGAGCUGCUUCCCGCAAACGCUAGCCCUUGGGCAUGGUAUUCAGCAACAAUCUUGAUGAUUGGCUUCCCCUACAUUCACUCAAUCAAUGGUGAGGACAAGAAAACUUUUUUUUCUUUCAGUUCUUCUUUGACUGACAGUUCUGCAGUUAGUUUGACAUCGCGAAACGCUGGUUCCGUUCGCACCAGAACAGUGGGUAGUGCCAUGUACAACAUGAUAUGCCAGGCCAGCUCUGUAAUCUCAUCCCAGAUCUAUCGUGAUGAUGACAAGCCUUUAUACCGACGGGGAAACAAAGUUCUUCUUGCGCUCGUUGUUUGGAACGUGGUGAUGACUGUUUUCAUCAAGGGAUACUACAUAUGGCGAAACAAGACGCGAGAACGCAUUUGGAGUGCCAUGUCGGAUGAAGAGAAGGAUGUGUAUCUAAGAACGACCAAAGAUGAAGGCAACAAGAGGCUGGACUUCAGGUUUGCCCACUAA